AUGAAGUGGCUAUGGAGAUUUUCUCUAGAGGAUCAAGCUUUAUGGAGGAAGGUUAUCUGUGAAAAAUAUGGGGCAGAUGGAAGGUGGUGUACAGCAGGAGCUUCUGGACCCUAUGGUGCAAGUGUAUGGAAGUCAAUUAGAAAUUUAUGGCCAGGAUUUAUCAGCAAUGUUAGUAUCAAAGUGGGGAAUGGCAAUAAAACUUCUUUCUGGAAUGAUGAUUGGAUGGGUAAUGGACAUCUUAAAGAGGCUUUUCCAGAUUUGUUCACUACAGUGCAGCAACCCCAAGCUACUGUGGCUGAGGUAUGGAGUACGCAGGGGUGGAAUGUUACGUUCAGAAGGUUCCCCAAUGACUGGGAGGUUACGAGAGUCAUUGAAUUCUACAAAUUGUUGGAUGGCUUUAAGGGCAUCACAAAAGAAGAGGAAAGAAACAGCGGAGGAGUAUAUACUGUAAAGUCAGCAUAUGGACUCCUGAAUAGCUCUGGUCACAUGAACAAUGAGACAUGGCACUGGAAGCACAUCGGGAAGGUGAAAAUCUCUUUUAAAGUGGCUUGCUUUUGUUGGCUUGUAGUCAAAGAGGUUGUUCUAACUCAUGACAGUUUAAUGAGGAGAGGAAUGCUUAUGUGUUCCAAAUGUUUCUUGUGUGGAAAAGAGAUUGAAACAAACAACCACCUCUUUUUACAUUGCAAAGUAACUAGUAGGCUGUGGUAUCUUUUCAUGAGUAUGAAAGGUGUGAAAUGGGCAAUACCUAGGACAACUGCAGAAAUAAUAGCUUGCUUGAAUGACCCAGGUAUUAUACUGAGGCAAGCAGAAGCAUUGGUGGAGGUUGAAGUUGAUCCCAGCAUGUAUUUGGUGGACAACUUGGUUGGAGAGAAAUUCAAGAUGCUUUGGAGAUAG